GCACCGGGCGCCCGGGUCCCCGGUGGCGGGUCCGCGCGGGGCGGGGGGCGGCGAGCACGCAGCGCGUUGCCCCAGCGGGACGGCGCCCGGUGCCCGCCUGCGCCCCCCGGGGUCCCGCCGGGCAGGGGGCGAGCGGCCCCGCCGGCAGGGCGGCUCCCCCGGGUCUGCGGCGCCGUUACCGUCGCUGGGGUAGGGCCGGGCCCCGGUUGAGCAAGACGGCGGGAGCGGGCCCGGCCCGCCCAGUGCCGGUGCCGCUCUUGCACCGGCGCCCCGGGCGUGGGCGGGACGGGAAGCACGGGAGCCCUUAAAGGCGAGGCCGGCAGCGGCCCCGGGGCUGCGGGGUAGGCCGGGCAGGCAGCGCGGUCGGCACCGGCUGAGGGUGCCACCGGGACGGGAGGCUUCGACGGUGUGGCUGCUUGCAGGCCCUGCGCCCCGGGCCCCGCCGGGGGCCACAGCGAGGCCAUGGGGGCGACCGGCGCCCUGGGCUGGCGGCUGCUGCUGCUGCUGCUGGCCGCGCACCGGGCCGCAGGCGCCCAGCCCUGCAGCCCCAAGUACUUUGGCCGUGAUGCCAUGGUGUGCGUCUGCAAUGCCACGUACUGCGACACGCUGGACCCCGUGGUCCUGCCGGCCCCGGGCACCUACGUCAAGUACGAGAGCAGCAAGGCCGGCAAGCGGCUGGAGCGCAGCGAGGGGAGCUUCCAGCGCGUCCUCCACGCCCCAGAUCUUGUCCUGACUGUGGACACGACGCAGCGGUACCAGAAGGUGAAGGGAUUUGGUGGCUCCAUGACCGACGCAGCUGCUAUAAACAUCCUUUCCCUGCCAGAAACAGCCCAGGAUCACCUGCUGCGCUCAUACUUUUCUGAGGAAGGGCUGGAGUACAACCUUGUCCGGCUCCCUAUGGCCAGCUGCGACUUCUCCCUCCAUGCCUACACCUACGACGAUGUUCCCUUUGACUAUGAGCUCACCCACUUCAGCCUGCGAGAUGAGGACGUGAAGCUGAAGAUACCCCUCCUGCAUCGAGCUUUGGCCAUGAGCAAGCGGCCGCUGUCGCUGUACGCCAGCCCCUGGACCUCCCCAACCUGGAUGAAGACCAGCGAAUCCUUUGUGGGGAAGGGCACACUGAAGGGGCAGGCAGGGGACAAGUACCACAAGACCUGGGCGAAUUACUUCGUACGGUUCCUGGAUGAGUACGCCAAGCACAACCUGACCUUCUGGGCAGUGACGGCGGAGAACGAGCCCUCAGCCGGGCUGAUCAACAACUACCCCUUUCAGUGCCUGGGCUUCACAGCUGAGCAGCAGCGGGACUUCAUCGCGCGAGACCUGGGCCCUGCGCUGGCCAACAGCUCCCACCAGCACGUCCAGCUCAUCAUCCUGGAUGACAACCGGCUCCACCUCCCGCACUGGGCCAAAGUGGUUCUGGAGGAUGAAGAGGCAGCUCGCUACGUCCACGGUAUCGGCAUCCACUGGUACCUGGACUUCAUCGGUCCCAUACAGGACACAGUGGUGCCCACUCAUGAGCUCUUCCCUGACUACUACAUCCUGGCCACAGAGGCGUGCAUCGGGGCCCACUUCUGGGAGAGGGACGUGAUCCUGGGCUGCUGGGAGCGGGGAAACCAGUACAGCCACAGCAUCCUGACGAACCUGAACCACUUUGUGGUCGGCUGGACCGACUGGAACCUGGCCCUGGACCUGGAGGGGGGCCCCAACUGGGUCAAGAACUAUGUGGACAGCCCUGUCAUCGUGGACACCAGUGAAGGCAUCUUCUACAAGCAGCCCAUGUUCUACCACCUGGGGCAUUUCAGUAAGUUCAUCCCUGAGGGCUCCCAGCGUGUGGGGCUCGUCGCUUCCAAAGAGUCCAAGAAGAUGGACCUGGAGUACACGGCUUUCUUGCGCCCCGACGGUGCCGUGGUGGUGGUGGUUCUGAACCGGUCCCCGCAGAAUGUCACCUUCGGGCUGGCUGAUACGGUUGGCCUCAUCACAGCCGUGGCUCCGGCCAGCUCCAUCCAGACCUACCUCUGGCAGCGGCAGUGACAGGGCUGGGGCGCCCGUGGCUGGCCAGGGGCCGGGCCGAGCGAGCCAGGAGAGCAGCCCUGUGCUGCCUGUGGGCUUGGAGCUGGAAGCGCAGAGGAGGUGGCUCACCACUGUCUUCACCAUGACGGAGCUGAGCGCUCGGGCAAGCUGGAGGAGUGAGCUGGGCCAGGGAGUGCUGUGCGUGCACAGGAGGGCCGGGGGCUCCAGCACCCCUCCAGGUGGAGAUCCCACAGGCUGUGAACGCUGUUUUCUGCUGCUUUGAUAUUAAAUGCUGAUGCUGCCUCUC